CCCGAACUCUCAUCGAAUCCCCCGAGAGAUCUUCCCCUCCCUCUUGCAUUUCGAGUCUACCCAAGUCGAGCAACCCCGGACAUCCGGAGAAGUAACCAUCUCAUUAUUCGUACCAUUAACGUGCCACACCCCCUCGUUCUUGUCUUGUUACUCCCUUUGGGAUUGUCCCAUCUCCCGCGUUGUCUCGCGGUCCCUCUUCUGUCGUCUCUAAGUUAUUACAGUCCGCCUACCCUCCAUCCUCGUUUACCUAACCCGCACGGCUCUUUGGUCUUUUACACGCUUUUAAUACCACUUAAACUCUCUGCCUUUUCUCCUACCUGGUUCAACAACACAACAUCAACCCGAUCUUUGUUGAUCCUACAACAACAAUUGUACUAUCGAAACAACACAUACACACUUUACCUUACACACACACACAUUCAAGAUGACUAGAGUCACGUCCAUGGCAAAGUUUACCCGCUUGACGGCCAGCCCUUCAGUCGUUAGGCCUACCAGCAUGGCUUCUGGAGCUUCCAAGGCAUCUGCCUCCCUUGCACACGAGCUGAGCGCCGACGGCAGGAGUAGUGAUCACGAGAGCUCACGCCGUGGAAUGAUGACAACCCAUGGCCCAGCCCGCGUCCAGCCAAACCCCAACCGCACCAUCCCCCUCAUGCAGUCCUUCUUCCACAGCAGUCCAUCCCAGGGCGCCAGCCUCGCGACGGCGAGGUCAGGGCCCUCGACCCUGGACUUCACCGUGCUGCCCAACAUGUCCACCGCCAUGCCGGACCUGUUCAGUGCCGUCCCGCGCGUCCCCCUGCUGCCGGACAAUUUCAGUCCCAACAGGUCGGCGGCCCUGUUCCCAGCAGAGGUGCCCGAUGCGCCCCUCCCCGCGCCAGAGAUCAGCGUCAUCGCCCAGCACCCGGACAAGGUCUUCUCUGCCCUGACCGAGGUCGAGGGCAUCGGCAUCGACGGCAUCGAGCUCAAGUUUGUGCACGAGCCCGUGGCUUCCAAGUCGUCCGAGGGAGGGUCCAUGAUUAGGAAUGUCUGGGCUGGCCUUUGAGAAAAAAAUGAGGCGCGGAGACUUUUUCUUUGUCCUUGUCCCUCAACUGUCUUUUCUUCUUUGUGGCAAAUGCGUGGAAAUGCAUUAGCAAAUUCACCGAUUGAAAAAAGCAAAUUUCUCAUCGUUCAUGCAGCGGCGGGUACCUUUUUGUGGCUUGGGGCUUAUACCAAUGGUUUUUGAUGUGUGAUGAGGUUGCGGUUCUUUUUGUUUCUUUGGUCAUUCUCUGGAGACCGCUCAUGUUCUUUUUAUGUUCUUGCCCAAAAAGGGGCUCUCUGAUAGGUUUUUGUAAUUCCACAUCAAACUCAACGCAGUUUCAUGGUGCUCAAUUUCAGCGCUUCUUUUAUCAUAUUCUUUUUUUUAAAUAUUUGAUCUAUCUACUGGAAUGGUAGUAUAACAUUCCUCAAGUGCUAUAAACAAACAGCCAGCAACAAUUUUGCCAGCUUGAGCUAUCGUGCCC